GGAUUGAGCACUGGGGAAGCAGCAGGAGCCCAGUCCCGCCAAGGCUGAGCCGCCCAGAAGCAGCCCAGACCGGAAUGUCCAGCAGAUUUUUGCUCCAGCUCCUGGGGUUCUGGCUAUUGCUGAGCCAGCCUUGCAGGACGCGAGUCUCGGAGGAGUGGAUGGACGGAUUCAUUCGGAUGUGCGGCCGUGAAUAUGCCCGUGAAUUGAUCAAAAUCUGCGGGGCCUCCGUGGGAAGAUUGGCUUUGAGCCAGGAGGAGCCAGCUCUGCUUGCCAGGCAAGCCACUGAAGUUGUGCCAUCCUUCAUCAACAAAGAUGCAGAGCCUUUCGAUACGACGCUGAAAUGCCUUCCAAAUUUGUCUGAAGAGCUCAAGGCAGUACUGUCUGAGGCUCAGGCCUCGCUCCCAGAGCUACAACACGCACCUGUGUUGAGCGAUUCUGUUGUUAGCUUGGAAGGCUUUAAGAAAACUCUCCAUGAUAAACUGGGUGAAGCAGAAGACGGCAGUCCUCCAGGGCUUAAAUACUUGCAAUCAGAUACCCAUUCACGGAAAAAGAGGGAGUCUGGUGGAUUGAUGAGCCAGCAAUGUUGCCACGUCGGUUGUAGCAGAAGAUCUAUUGCUAAACUCUAUUGCUGAUACGGAGCUAAUUGUGUACCACCAGUCCAGUGUUCACAUGCAUUCUUGCUACCUGGUUGAUGGCC